AUGGCGUUUGCCCGAGCACUUGGAGUGAUUCAAUCUGUGGGCCGAUCAUCGGGUAAUUUGGAUCAAACCGAGUUAUAUGAUCGCGGUCAGACAUUUAACAUCAAUGGAAAUAAUUAUAGAGUGGAGAAUGUUAUAGCUAAAGGCGGAUUUGGGACAGUUUUUCUGGCGACUAAUUCAAAAGGCAAGCAAGUUGCCGUUAAAAUUCUUCUAAGUCAUGACGCAUCAGCGACAAAAGACAUUGACAAUGAGAUUUAUAUGAUGAAAAAGUACACUCACGAUAACAUUGUUCAAUUAUAUGACGCUUCAUGUGAAAAUCGCGGGACUAGCAAAUGUGUGAAAGAAUAUAGAAUAUCGAUGGAAUAUUGUAGAUACUCGAUAGUAGAUGUUCUUCAGAAAUAUAAAGAGGUUACGACGUCAUUCGUUGUGCGCGUCAUACUUUAUACUACGAGGGCAUUGGCAUUUUUGCAUGAAGCUGGAGUCAUUCAUAGGGAUGUCAAGGCGGAAAAUUUGUUGAUUAAUGCGAAUGGUCGCCUCAAAUUAUGUGAUUUUGGAAGUGCGACGACGAAUUCGGUGGAAAUGUCGCAACUUUCGCACAGCCAACGACUUGCCAUUCAAGAAGAAAUUUAUCGCUAUACUACGCCGAUCACGAGAUCUCCAGAAGUCUGCGACGUUUAUUCAAAUUGGCCCAUCGGCAAAGAACAAGACACUUGGGCGUUAGGAUGCUUAAUUUAUUUUGUUUGUUUUGGUGAACACCCAUUCGAUGGUUCGCUAUUGGCGAUUAUCAAUGGAAAGUACAAAGCACCACCAACGCCACAGCAAAACGAGCUAGGAAUUUUCUCAGGACUUAUUCAGAAAUGCCUGAUGCCAAACCCGCUGGAGCGCAUCUCCGAUACGCAAAUCGUUCACGCAAUGGAUAAACUCGCUGAGAGAUUGUCGAUGCCACCGAAUCAGAGCUUUUCUGAUAUUUUAGAGUUUAUGAAGAUUGCUGAUAGUCAGCAAAACGCGGAAUCCGAUGCCCCUGUUAGUAAAUCUUUUCUCAAUAUGCAAGACAAGCUGUUUUCGAAUUUGGCACAACUCAAGCAAACCGUAGUUCAGACAACUAAUAAGAUUGGAAAUUGGACAUUUGAUGGAGCCAAUGAUUCGCCACGCGAGCGAAAAUCCUCAUCGGCACGCUCUUCAUCUACGGCUCAAUCGCCAGUUUCGAUGCCAAAACCAACGGUGAAGCCAGUGAAUCAACCAUUCGAAGCCAAAUGGCCUUCAAACAAUUCGCAUGUUGAUGUUCCGUGCGAUUGGGGAGAUUUUAAGCAAGCCGCACAGCAAGGUCCGAAAAAGAGCGAACCGGUUUUCGAUCCGUUUGGAAAUCAUGGCCAUUCAAACAACAAAACGUCUGAUGACUUGCUUUCCCUCCAAAACUGGCCGGGCGUCGGUAUCCAAGUGCCGGAAGCGCGCGCUCAAUCAUCGCGAGAUUUGCUGGAUUUUGAUGACCUCGCCGCACGACACACGACGACAAAUGUAACAGCUUUACAACCGACAACAGCAAAGUCGCCGAAAAACAAAGAUACGGGCAUGGUGAAGUCGGAAGAGGCGAUCAAGACCAACUCAUCCUCGUCAGCAAGUUUGGAUGAGAUGAUUCAUAAGAUGCUGAAACAUAUUCUGAUUUUGGCGAUUUUCUUCCCAAUCAUUACCGUUGGAUACAAGUCGAAGCAGGUUCCCAAUUUACUUAAAAAGAAUGUGGAUAACAGUAUUGCUUGCGACUUCUCUAUUCAUAAACAUGGACCAAAUGGGGUAGCAGUGAUGGGAACUUCUCUCGACGACGAACUUUAUUAUAAGAUUAAAUGCAAACCUUUGGCCAACAACUGCCUUCAAGUGGUUAAUUGCACAUUGAGCAGCGAUGAGCCCGGAUUCAAACCAUACCCAAUAAUCGACGAGAAUGGUUGCAGUUUGGAUGAUUCGUUGUUCAAACAUGUCACGUAUGUAAGCAACUUUGAGGCCGGCAUCUUCAAUCCGUUCCCAAUUCGAUUCCGAGCCUCAUCGUCGGCCGUUGUACUGUUCUGUGUCACAUCGGUGGUUCCCGUUGAGAAUGGCAAGUGUACUCGAAGAGAAUGCGUCUAA